AUGGCUCCCGCGAUAGCAAACACUACAACGGUCCCUUUUACAACGGCCUCUUCCACAUGGAAGGCUCCGCUUCGACGAUCAGGUGCUAUUGACCAAUACGAAAGAGAGGAUGUGACGCCCAUCAUUGGGACCGAGUUCCCGAACGCUAAGCUCGCAGAUUGGAUCAAAGCACCAAAUGCGGAUGAUCUACUCCGUGAUCUUGCGAUCCUCAUCUCUGAGCGAGGAGUCGUCUUUUUUCGCCAGCAAGACGGGCUCAGUAAUACCGAACAAAAGGAGUUGAUGCAACGCCUCGGUGAAUUGACCGGGAAGCCACCGACUAGCCGGCUUUCAAUCCAUCCAAUCUUUGAACAAGGAGCCAAUGACCCGGAAAUUAACACCAUCAGUGCGGCUCAAGACAACAAGCUGCGUUCAAUUGACUACUCUGUUUCGAUCCCAAAGAAGCAAAGUUCUGCCCACUGGCAUUCUGAUGUCGCAUUUGAGCCUGUUCCUGCGGAGUACACCACGUUGAGGCUGACCGAGGUCCCAAAGACAGGUGGAGCAGACACCUUGUGGGCCUCAGGAUACGAACUAUAUGAUCGCAUUAGCAAGCCAUACCAACGCUUCCUAGAAACCCUAACUGCUACUUGCGCCCAGCCCGGAUACAAUAAGGUUGCAGCUACCGGUAAAUUCAAGCUCUUUGACGGACAGCGUGGAGCCCCAGAGAAUGUUGGAUCGAACUUCUCCUCGGUCCACCCCGUUGUGCGCACAAACCCGGUGACAGGAUGGAAGAGCAUUUACUCUGCAGGAUUUCAUGUGCAAAAGAUAAAUGAUCUCACCGAGGCCGAAAGCAAGUCACUACUUGACUGGUUCUUGAGAUUGAUCAACGAGAACAACGAUCUCCAGGUCCGCUUCAAAUGGAAGAACGCAAAUGAUAUGGCUAUCUGGGAUAACCGUUGUGUGUUCCACACCGCCACCUUUGAUCUCGAGGGUAGGGAGGACAGGUAUGGUGUUCGUGCAGUUGGUGUCGGAGAGAAGCCAUUCUUUGAUGAGAGAAGCAUGUCGCGAAGAGAAGCACUUAAGGAGCCCGUGCAAGCUCUCUAA